CAGACACACAGAGACACCUCGGAUCACCACAGAGACACCAGAGAGACAGAGAGACAGAGACAGAGCAGCGGAGCCUCUCAGCAGCAGCAGCAGCGGCCUGGAACUGAAGCAGCUCGGCAGUGAGAGAAAUGAUCCGACGCGCUGCUCGCUGCUCCUGAAGGCAUCACCAGAGGAGCUCGCGCCGCUUCCUGAACCAGCAGCCUCCUCCUCCUGAAGCAGCCCGCCAGCAGCGCUCUGACGGCGGCCAGGCAGCAGCUCUCUGCACCGCGGAGCCUCAGCAGACUGGAGCAUAGUUAGUUAGUUAAAGAGCUCUCCUCCCUUCUCCCCUCCCUCCCAGUCCGCUCGGCUCGGCUCGGCUCGGCUCGGCUCGGCUCGGCUCGGUUCCUCCUAACCCCGCGGAGAAGCUGCUGAACUCAACUCAGCUCAGCUAGCUCUACCAGGCUAGCUGCUAGCAUCACUGCAGCUAGCUCUGCUAGCUCUGCUAGUUCGGUGGAAGGAAGGAAUCGAUCAGGUUCGGUACGGAUCGAUCGGGUUCGGGUUCUAGAUUGAUCGGGUGUGUUCGGACCGGACCAGGCGGGAGAAUGUCGGUUAAAGAGCAGAACAAGAUGUCCACCACGGAGAGACCCAUCAAAGCGGUGCCAUAUCCUCCCGGUACGCGCCUGACGGUCAAAGACCUGUACGUGGACGGGAGGCCAAGCGUGGAGGUGCUGAAGGCCCACCUGGUGAAGGAGGGCCGGCUGGAGGAGGAGACGGCUCUACGGAUCAUCAACGACGGAGCUGCCAUCCUGCGCCAGGAGAAGUGCAUGCUGGAAGUGGAAGCCCCCAUCACAGUGUGCGGAGAUGUCCACGGACAGUUCUUUGACCUGAUGAAGCUGUUCGAGGUGGGCGGAUCCCCCAGCACCACCCGCUACCUGUUCCUGGGGGACUACGUGGACCGAGGCUACUUCAGCAUCGAGUGUGUCCUGUACCUGUGGGCUCUGAAGAUCAACCACCCCAACACCCUCUUCCUCCUCAGAGGCAACCACGAGUGCCGGCAUCUCACAGAGUACUUCACCUUCAAACAGGAGUGUAAAAUCAAGUACUCUGAGCGUGUCUACGAUGCCUGUAUGGACGCGUUUGACUGCCUGCCUCUGGCUGCUCUCCUCAACCAGCAGUUCCUGUGUGUGCACGGCGGUCUGAGCCCCGAGGUCACCUGUCUGGAUGACAUACGCAGGCUGGACCGGUUUAAAGAACCUCCGGCGUUCGGACCGAUGUGUGACCUGCUGUGGUCGGACCCGGGCGAGGACUACGGCUCAGAGAAGACCCAGGAACACUUCAGCCACAACAGUGUGAGAGGCUGCUCGUAUUUCUACAGUUACCCAGCAGUAUGUGACUUCCUGAUGAACAAUAACCUGUUGUCUGUAAUACGAGCACAUGAAGCUCAGGAUGCAGGGUAUCGAAUGUACAGGAAAAGUCAGACGACAGGCUUCCCUUCUUUAAUCACCAUCUUCUCUGCUCCCAACUACCUGGAUGUGUACAAUAACAAAGCGGCGGUGCUGAAAUAUGAGAAUAAUGUGAUGAACAUCCGUCAGUUUAACUGCUCCCCCCACCCCUACUGGCUGCCCAACUUCAUGGACGUCUUCACCUGGUCGCUGCCCUUCGUCGGGGAGAAAGUCACUGAGAUGCUGGUGAACGUGUUGAACAUCUGCUCUGACGACGAGCUGAUGUCAGAAGGAGACGACACAUGUGAGGGUGGAACUCCGGCCGUCAGAAAGGAGGUGAUCAGAAAUAAGAUCCGUGCGAUUGGGAAGAUGGCUCGAGUCUUCUCUGUGCUCAGGGAGGAGAACGAGAGUGUGUUACAGCUGAAGGGCUUGACCCCGACAGGAACGCUGCCGGUGGGCGUUCUGUCCGGAGGACGGCGAACUCUGCAGAGCGCCACCGUAGAGGCAGAAGAGGCCCGAGCCAUUCAAGGCUUCAACCCGCAGCACAAGAUCCAGAGCUUUGAGGAGGCUCGAGGUCUGGACCGCAUCAACGAGAGGAUGCCCCCCCGCCGCGACAGCAAGCAGCAGGAGGCGUCCCCCUCCCUCAACAACCUGCCGGCCAGCCCCGGACCUCCGGACAAGAACGGCACCAACGCACAGGCCUAAACCCCCCCCCUCCCGCUACUUCCUCUUAUCUCCCCUUCUUCUUCCUCCCUCCUUCCUCCUCUCCUUCCUCCUCUCCUUGCUUCCUUCCCUUCCCCUCUUCUCUCCUUUAAGAGCAGGAGAAGAGGCGGUUCAGUCCGAGCGACUCUCACCACGCUUAAUUUAUUUUAUCAUCUAUUAAAUAUCAUCCUAGUUUAAGACUGAACGGGAUCAGACGUUGACUCGCUGGAGGCAAUCAUCACCGGCGCCGUCCCGCCGCCGCGGAUCCGCUCUACGAUCCCUCGUUGUUUUUACGGGACGACGCCUUUCUUUCUAACGGCGUUUUAUUUUGGCGAGGGAGGAAGUGCCGCUGCGUUUGCGCCCACCAACGAUAGAAUCAGAUCGCUAACAUCCUUUCUUAUGCCAACGAUAGUGUGACUGAGCUCUGAGCAGCGAGUAUUGACAUUUAUAUUAUAUAUGUAUAUUUUAAUUGUUCCCUCUUUUCAAUGUGAUGUUUUCUUUUGUUUUUUACAACACAUAGAUUAGGAUUAAUAAUCCAGGGCGGGGGGGGCUUUAUUACAACCCGGGUCUGUAACUCAAGGUCCUCUUACUGUCUUUCUCUGGGGGAGGACGAUGCUGAGUCGUCUCAGCAGAACCCGUCAGUAACAGGACGGGUUGAAAGCUCCAGACUCAGUCAGUAAAGAGACCAGAACUUCACAUCUAAUCAUGUUAAACAACCUGAUUCCAUCAGUCCUGAAGACGUUGAGCUCCACAGAGAGACGCUGAGACCAGAGCUGAGGAUUUAGAACAAACCUGCAGGUUAGACCAACGGACUGAAAGAGAAAGAAACAGUUUCACAACAACGACCUGCUAGCUGCACAUCAUCCCUUACGCUGUUAUGUUUCCGUUAGCUCGGCUCACGAUGCGUUCACUGUCCUUCACUCAAA